CUUCUACUGCCAAACGCCAACGACAGUGUGGUGUGCUGUGCGAGUAUCAUUGUUUCUCUGUUGUCUGCGUUCAGAAUGGGGUUUUACUGUUGGGCGGCUCUGCUGACCUUUGGAUCGUUAGUCUCAGCCCAGAAAGAUUGGUGGGAAACGGCCAGUUUCUAUCAGAUCUAUCCACGAUCGUUUCAAGACAGCGAUGGCGAUGGAAUUGGCGAUCUUAACGGUAUAACAAGUCGGCUACAGUAUCUGAAAUCGCUGGGCGUGACCGGCUUCUGGCUUUCGCCAAUUUAUCCCUCACCGAUGGCCGACUUUGGAUACGACAUUUCGAACUUUACCGACAUUCAUCCCAGCUUUGGCACCAUGGCCGAUUUCAAGCGACUCGUAGAGGAAGCGAAAAAACUUCAACUGCGCAUCAUACUCGAUUUUGUGCCAAAUCAUUCAAGUGACGAACACGAGUGGUUCAAGAAAAGCGUCAAACGCGAAGCCGGGUAUGAAGAUUUUUACGUGUGGCAGGACGCUAAACCGGGCUCGGAUCGUGAUCCACCAAAUAACUGGGUGGCUGCAUGGUAUGGUUCGGCUUGGGAGUGGAACGAUGACCGACAGCAAUUCUACCUUCACCAGUUCCACAAAAAGCAACCGGAUCUCAACUAUCGCAAUCCGUACGUAGUUGAAACAAUGAAAAAUGUGCUGCGAUUUUGGUUAGAGCAGGGAGUGGAUGGAUUUCGAGUAGAUGCAGUACCAUGGCUUUUCGAGACGAUCGGUUUUCCAGAUGAACCCGUGAGCGGUCAAUCGAAUGAUCCUCUGAGUCAAAACUAUCUCAAUCAUAUUUACACACUCGAUCAACCGGAAACCGUUGACAUGGUGUAUCAAUGGCGCGAGCUGCUGGACGAGUAUAAGCGGGAGUAUAAUACCACGACCAAGAUACUCAUGACGGAGGCAUGGUCGUCGUUGGAUGUUGUGAAGACGUACUUUAAUGACAGUAACAAUCGACAAGGAUCCCACAUGCCUUUCAACUUUCAACUGAUCAUGCGCCUGGAUAGCAAUUCCAAGGCAUCCGAUUUCAAAACGGUGAUCGAUUCGUGGCUGGAUAUAAUUCCUUCCGGACAUACGCCCAACUGGGUGCUCGGCAAUCAUGACAAACGACGGGUUUCAUCGCGGAUGGGUGGUGAUCACAUGGUUGACAUUAUGGCUAUGAUUGAACUGACCCUUCCUGGAAUAACAGUUACUUAUCAAGGGGAAGAAAUUGGAAUGCAUGACGUAGACAUAUCAUGGGCCGAUACGCAAGAUCCUGCCGCGUGUCAACUGACCGAAGAAACAUAUCAGGAGGGAACGCGGGAUCCAGCUAGGACACCAUUUCAGUGGGAUUCAACCGCGAACGCCGGCUUUACAAAUGCUUCUGUAAAGCCGUGGCUUCCAUUAGCCACCGAUUAUCCGUUGGUAAAUGUAAAAGUACAGCAAGAAACUAUCGAAAACAGCCAUUUAAAGGUGUUUAAAGAGCUGAUGAAUUUACGUGCCACAAACACAAUUGUCUGGGGCUCGUUCAAAUCACUGGUACUCGGAACUAACGUUUACGCUUUAGUUCGCUCUUUUCCAAACGAUAAGCGGACGUUCGUUGUAUUAACUAAUAUUGGCAGCACGGUCGAAACGAUAGAUGCUACAAAGCUGGAGAGUAGUCUGCCCAACGAUCUGGUGUUUCGAGUGGUGAGCGUAUCAUCAAAACAUGCCACGGGGGAAACUGUUGCGACCAAUAACAUCCGUUUACAACCUUAUGAAGCAGUAUUAUUAAGCAACCAUGGUACGCUUGCGGUUGUGCCAAGCUUUACAUUGCUCGUCAGUUUGAUGUUGGUGGUUUUUAAGUUGUUUAAAUAUUAA